CAGAGUCUGCUUCUCGCGGUAACUGAGCGGACGGUUGGCCGGGCCUAGGCGUCGUACUCAACAGUGGCGGCGGUAGUCCCUCCGGUUUCUGCCGGGGGUUGAGGGUGAGGGAGACACCGCGAGUCGUUUUUGAGCCCCUGCUGACGUCGGCCGCGGCAGAUUCUCCUAGGAGCCUUUGUUACUAUCAUGGUAUCCUACUAGAAUACCUUUGGGGCAAAGGGAUGAAGAUACCUUUCUGCAAAAGUUCCUCUCUUUUUGGAUGGUUUCAGCUGGUACUGUACUUCAUCUCGUCUUGUUAAGGGUGAUUGCCGCAAAAUGAGUCUUCAUGGGGCUAGUGGUGGGCAUGAAAGAUCAAGAGACAGAAGAAGGUCAAGUGAUAGAUCACGUGAUUCAUCCCAUGAACGUCUUGAAUCCCAGCUCACUCCAUGCAUCAGAAAUGUUACUUCACCAACAAGACAACAUCAAGGAGAACGUGAGAAGGAUCAUAGCUCAUCUCGACCAAGCAGCCCUCGUCCUCAGAAAGCUUCUCCGAAUGGUUCCAGUAGCAGUCUAGUAAACAGUAGAAACAACAGCCAGUCAAGUUCGGAUGGGAGUUGCAAGAAUGCUGGAGAAAUGGUUUUUGUGUAUGAGAAUGCAAAAGAAGGAGCACGGAACAUAAGAAUGUCAGAGAGAGUAACACUUAUAGUGGACAAUACUCGAUUUGUUGUAGAUCCUUCAGUUUUUACUGCACAGCCAAAUACAAUGCUGGGCAGGAUGUUUGGUUCCGGAAGGGAACAUAACUUCACACGGCCCAAUGAAAAAGGAGAAUAUGAAGUGGCUGAAGGAAUUGGUUCCACCGUGUUUCGUGCUAUCUUGGAUUAUUACAAGACUGGGAUGAUACGUUGUCCAGAUGGAAUAUCUAUUCCUGAACUACGAGAAGCGUGUGACUAUCUAUGUAUUUCUUUUGAUUAUAGUACUAUCAAAUGUAGAGACCUCAGUGCUCUCAUGCAUGAAUUAUCAAAUGAUGGUGCUCGGAAACAGUUUGAAUUUUACCUUGAAGAAAUGAUACUGCCACUGAUGGUAGCCAGUGCUCAGAGUGGGGAAAGAGAGUGUCAUAUUGUAGUGCUCACUGAUGAUGAUGUUGUUGAUUGGGAUGAAGAAUAUCCACCUCAAAUGGGAGAAGAAUAUUCUCAAAUUAUUUAUAGCACAAAGUUAUAUAGGUUCUUCAAGUAUAUUGAGAACAGAGAUGUGGCCAAAUCAGUACUGAAGGAAAGGGGUCUUAAGAAGAUUCGAUUAGGUAUAGAAGGUUAUCCCACAUACAAAGAAAAAGUUAAGAAGCGACCUGGUGGGAGACCAGAAGUAAUCUAUAAUUACGUCCAAAGACCUUUCAUAAGGAUGUCAUGGGAGAAGGAAGAAGGGAAAAGUCGCCAUGUUGACUUCCAGUGUGUGAAAAGUAAAUCGAUUACCAACCUAGCAGCAGCUGCAGCAGACAUUCCCCAGGACCAGCUAGUGGUGAUGCACCCCACUCCCCAGGUGGAUGAGCUAGAUAUUCUACCAAUUCAUCCUCAACCCAGCAACAGUGACACAGAUCCUGAAGGACAGAACUUGCCACUCUGAUCCAAACUGUGGGUUAAACAAAAGCAUGCUAUUAUUAAAAAAAAAUUGAAGAUGCUGUAAUGAGCUCAUACUGCACUGCAAUUCCAGCUUCUCUCCAUUGUGUAAUGAACAUAAAAUGUUUCAGGAUAUUGCAGUAUGGACUUCACAAAGACCAAAGUGGGAUCUGAUUAUGGUUUGUAGGAGUACAUAUGUAACAUCAUGAGGUUCAGUUGCAUACCUGCAUUUGUUUCCCAGUAAGUAGCUUUUGUGGUAUUGGUUGUAUGGUGGACUGUUACUAGCCUCAAACUCUUGUCAAAAACAGCAGGAUUUGGAAGCUAUGGUUUCUUCAGUAUUUUGGUACACAGUGAGCAAAAUGAAGACUUAAAAUUGAUAGUGGCACUUUACAAAUGGUGGACAAAAAUAUUCUCAAAGCCAUUUUUAUAGUCUGGGUGCACGUUGUUGAUUCUAACAGUGCUGCUUUCAGAGAUUCUCUAUUCAGCGAAAUGUAAAUAGUUUGUUCUGAAUAGGGGUAAUAGGUUAAUUAACUUGUUCUCUAAUGAAUGAGCACAACAUUCUUGCCACUGGGACAUUUGGGUUGUGAUCCAACAGCCUACUUUUUUCAGAAUUAUCCAGUGAAAUUUUUUUUUCACGUUUUGAUGUGAGCCAUGUUGAAGGGUCAGGAACAACUGAUAUGGGCUUUAUCUUUAAAAAAAUGCCUUAUCUUAAAUAUGUUCACAGAAAUAUUUAUUUACUGAGAGGUUUUUCAUAUGUGUCAUAGAAUAGAAAAAUGCAAAUUGUUCACUCUUCACUUAAUAACGGAUUGUAAACUCAAGUUUUUCAUUCAAAUAAAAUUUCCAUUAUUUUAAUAUUAGCAGUAAUAUAAUUUAUUCAUUCUUCUGAAAUUGAUGAAUAACAGUCUACAUUUUACAGAAAAAAAUCAUCAGGUCAUCUUUCCUAUUAUUUAAUAUGGAGUGGCUUGCUUUUUCUAUGAUUCCCCAUUUUUUGGAUUUUUCCUCUAAAAACAAGGCAAAAUGGGACAAUUCAUGAGAGUUUGGAAAUUCUCAUGAUAUAGUUGACUAACUGCUUUUGACUAGAAUUGACUUCAAUCUUUUGUAGAAUUAGACUAAUACCUUUGGAUUUGUUGACAGGGUCAAUUGACCUUUCUUGAUAUUUGUGUAGCAUAUUCAUGUCAUCUUCAUUGACCAAUUAAAUUUGUUGGGAACAGGGGUAUUGUUUUUAAUGAGGAAUAAAUUGAGCUGGCAGAAUUUGUCUAAUUUUGGCACAAUGUAAAACCACUUAUAUUCUUUUGAAUAAUAAGUUCAGGCUUAAAGGUAUAUUUAAAGUAUGAAUGGGAAACUUAAGUGCCUUUCCAUAAUGUCUGUAAGGUAUUUCUGAAAUAAGUUGGAAAUGAUGCUUCAGAGCAUGCGUAAUCAUGAAUAUAGCUUAUGCCUGCAACACCUUAAAGCAACCAUAGAACCCUGGGAAUAGAAGUGAUUGUUUUGAGUCAUUGAUAGAUGCCAUGGUGAAGUGUUGCAUAGCUCUGUCAUACACACUUCCUGUAAUUUAUAAUCAUUAGGUAAUUAGUAUUCAGAAUGACAGAAAAUAGCAUUCAUGUGCACAUAAUUAAAAGUUC